AUGACAUUUUCAUUUGAGCUUCGAGAGUUUUCCGAGGCGGAGCUCCCAAAUUCCACUGUGGCAGUUCAGACGGCGUUGAACUUCAUGAGCCAAGUAAAGUCGGCAUGGACCAAAGGUAAAUUUUACUCUGAUGGACAAGUUCAAACUUAUCACCAUACAGCCAGUAACGGGGAUUUCUGGAUGGCGCGUGAAUCAAACCACAAAGAUGUAUCUUUUGAGGAGUUCCGAUCAGCUAUCCUCCUGAAUCACACUGAGAACGAAGUCAAAUACAUUCCUUUACUAGACAGCUUCAAAAGACUAGAACCAGUAACUUCACCAGAAACUCCUGAUGCUCAUGACUGGGAGUCACUUCUUGUUCACUAUAAAUUCCCAAAGUUCUUCAGUGAUCGUGAGAUGACUGUGUGGUUAUUGGCAAUCCAGCCUAACGAGGAUGUUAAAGAAUUCCUAGUGAUCUCUCUACCGUCGAACAGACCAGUCACUGAUUCAGAACACGUCACACAAGCAUACUAUUGUUCCAUCGAGCAUGUCAAAUAUAACGAACAAGAGCAACAGGUUGAGUGGCUCAUGGCACAAACAAGUGACGCCAAAGGCAACAUUCCACGAUGGAUCCAAAAUAAAUCAGUAACCUCGAGUGUGGUAGAAGAUGUUCCACAUUUUAUCUCGUGGGCAAAGAAACAACGUGAAGUUUCGAAAUAG